GCGUGAAAUAAUUUCAGUUUUGAGUAUGGUAUCGUGAUUUUUGUAAUCUUCUUUUUUUUUUAAUGCAAAUUCCUCGCUCUGUAAAAUUGUGAUCAAUGUUGUGCCUUUCCGCGAACGAGCAUUAACGGGUGACGCAUUAUUGAUGCCGUUUGCCUCCCAAAGAGUGCGGGGAAAUAUGUGUGAAUUCCAACAAAACGCUCUCUAUAUUUAUACGUAUAUAAUAUUGUAGUACGUAAGAUAAAAUAAAAAAGAAAAGGAGAAGUUUUUACAUCAAAUGCGCGGUUGUUAUUUCUCAUGACGUCAGAAGACAUUUCCAUAAAUUAGUGAAUCAUGAGUUCCAAGUAACGCGUGAACAAUUUUGAAAGCAAUACAGUCGGAAUUUUAACUUUUCUCCAUAUUGCAUGAUACUAUCUAAAAGCCUGCGAGUGGACAGAAAAGUUCGACAACGUAUUAUCAUUGCUUCCCGAAAUCAACAAAAUCAAUCGUUCGCAUCCUCAUCGCUUAUAAUUUAGAAAAUUUAAUUACUUGAAUAAUUUAAUUACUGUUAAACUCUAUUGGAACCCUCGACGAUUCUUUAAAACGUGAGGAACGCACCUUGCAGGAAAAAUUAACGCUGCAACGAAGAACCAUUGUUUUUAACAGGCGCUUAUCGCGCUGGCAAGCUGGUGCGGGUAAUGAAAGACGAUAAAAAUGAGGAUCGAUCUAGUAGAAGUUGAAGUAUCGACGGAGGAUAGCUCGUCUACCACUGCUGCUACCACCACCGCCACCAUAAUGGAUAGCAGCAGCAUGGACAGCACUGACGACUACGAUGGAGUCGAGGCCGAGUUGACAAGUCUCUCCUGGUUGCAGUCACUGGAUAUUACUAGCGCAUCCGGUCUGCCGACGCCACCCUGUUCGCCGUCUCCGCCGCCGAUCAUCCGCCAACCCCCAAAGAAGUUGUCGCCCUUGAUCAAGGCCGAACUAGAUCUUGCGGAAAAUGCUGAGAAAUAUCGAACGGAUCCUGAUGCAAAACCGCCGUUUUCCUAUGCCACUAUCAUUUGCCUUGCGAUGCGCGCCAAUAAUAACAAGGUCUCUCUUUCAAACAUCUACGCAUGGAUCCGAGAAAAUUUCUUGUUUUACAAAUACGCCGAUCCAGCCUGGCAGAACUCAAUUCGGCACAAUCUCUCGUUGAACAAGUGCUUCUUGAAGUUGCCACGUUCCAAAGACGAGCCGGGCAAGGGUGGCUUCUGGAAGUUGGAUCUCGAAAGAAUGGAGGAAGGCAAACGAUCCAGGCGCCGUUCCGCUAUCUCACAGCGAACUCGGAGCACGAAGAGGCAAUCUCCUUCUAUGACGACAACUACGACAACGACGACGACAACGACGACAACAACGGCAGCGACAGCGAUGACGCUCAAUGUUCUUCAAACCAGUAGCAGCUGCACGCCGCCCACCAGCUGUUUGUCAAAUACCCUGUAUGAGACCCCGCCUAGUAGCGUGUCACCCCCCAUAACGGACAAUCUGUCGGAGGUACCGGAGUCGACGCAGGUGAGCUUGAGCGAGGACGACUUCACGAGUUUGUUGAUUGCCGGUUGGGACGAAAAUAAUCAACUGGAGCUUCUCGAUCUGUUGGACACCCUCUAAACCUCUCGGCUCUCAAUGCCCUUUUCCCUUCCUUUUCUCCCUCUCGCAAAUAUCUCUCAGGAAUCAUCGGUUCUUCGUAUAAAACGGAAGCGUUCUCUCUGCAUGCAUCCCUCCUCGACUCCUCGUUUCAUACGAUGAUGAAUGUCAUGAAUAAUAGCAUUUUCUA